GCAGCCCUCUUUGUACUCUGCGCCAUUGCUUUCAGAGCAGCAUCCGAGCUGGCUGAAGGCAACCUUGAUUUCCUGGUUUUUGACAAUAGAUAAUCUUCCUGAGAGAGAGCCUGGCCUGACAAGGCAACUCCAUUGAUCGCGAAACACGUAUCGUUAAGAUACGGAGAAAAUCAAGCAAGCUGAUUUCAAGACUUCUGUGCGCGGGCUUUGUGACUUCGAGACUUCAGGUGGUAAGGAUGCUAGAGAAGCUUAUUCAGCAGGAACAAGGAGUUCUCAGCAAACUUGAGGAGCGUUUUCUCAGAGAGAAGACAUGGGUCGAGGAACGCUUGUCUGAUCUCGAAGCAAGAUCACGGCCUUACGGUAUUGAUAUUAACAAGUUGAACAUCUUAAGCAUCUACGACUUACCAUGCCCACUGCGGCAAGAUUUGUAUCGAGCAUGGUAUGCCUGGGCGUUGGGUGAAGAGAUGGAUUCCCAUGAAAAGCAGGUGCAGAGGCUUGUCAUCCUUCAGCAGAGCGAAGGCACUCUAUGGAAGCAAUUGGCAAAUGCUUUCCAAAGAUUGCGACAGAGAGCAGCCUGUGAGGGGACUGGAAAGACUCCUCCUCAUGAGUUGGCUGCCUUAUUCGCUUAAGAUGCAAUGGACACAGUGAGUCAUACUGCCAGACACGAUCCUUGCAUCCUUUGUUCAACUCUUUGAGCAGGAUGAGCUUGAGCUGAUGCAGCAGAGGUGAUUUCCCUGCAACCUUUGACCUGGCACCUUCAUGUCGCCAGCAUUUAUUGGCUGAGCCUGCCAGCCUGAGGUUGCUGUGGAACUUGAGAUUGCAAUCACUGAUUAAUGCAGGUCCUACAUCGCUUAUAUUUGCCUGCUCAAAUAGCCUUGGAAGUGUAAAAGAGUGCAAUG